AAUCCCUGGAUUGUGAAUGGACCUAGCUGCAGGGCGCCCAUAGACUUGCAGAAAGGCAGAAGCAGGGUAGGGUUUAUCUGAGAUCUUUAUUUCAUAUCGGCUCAUUUCUUAAUCACACGCAGUAUUCCACCAAAAACCAAACAAACGCGACCUUUCCCAUGGAGCAAGUAGACGAAGAAUCAUCCCAAUCUGUCAGCAAGAAAGCGACCAAGAAGGAGGCAGCUAAGCAGGAGAAGUUACGCCGCCGCCAGGAAGCUGCGUUAGCCUCCGCUGCCUCAUCUCUUGCCAUUGAGGAAGAGGAAGAUCCAUUGGCCGCCAAUUAUGGUAAUGUGCCGCUGUAUGAGCUACAGUCUAAGGAAGAGAGCAAUCUCAGCGAUUGGACUAGAGUCGAGGAGCUAACCGAGGGGUUGAAGGAUAAGGAGGUGUUGAUAAGGGGCCGAGCUCAAACAACUCGUGCAGUGGGUAAGAAUAUGGCCUUUGUAGUGGUUAGACAGAAGGGUUUCACCGUGCAGUGCGUGGUUACCGCUCAGCCUGAAUUGGUUAGCCGGCAAAUGGUGAAGUUCGUGGCCGGGCUUAGCCGCGAGUCCAUUGUCGAUGUUCAAGGCCUGGUUUCUGUACCUUCUGUUCCCAUCAAAGGCACCACGCAGCAGGUUGAAGUUCAAGUCAGGAAGCUUCAUUGUAUCAGCAAAGCCUUGCCAACUUUACCCAUUAACAUUGAGGAUGCAGCUAGAAGUGAAAAAGAGAUUGAGGAAGCUUUGCAGGCUGGAGAACAACUUGUUCGGGUUAACCAGGAUACCCGUUUGAAUUAUAGAGUUCUGGACAUGCGAACACCUGCUAACCAAGGAAUUUUCCAUAUUCAGCAUGAAGUUGGCAGUAUAUUUAGAAAAUUUCUAGAAUCAGAAGGCUUUCAAGAAAUACACACUCCAAAAUUGAUAGCAGGAGCUAGUGAAGGUGGUUCUGCUGUAUUUAAGCUGGACUACAAGGGGCAAGCUGCAUGCUUGGCACAGUCACCUCAACUUCACAAGCAAAUGGCUAUUUGUGGUGAUAAAGAGCGUGUUUUUGUAGUUGGGCCUGUUUUCAGAGCAGAGGACUCUUAUACACAUAGGCAUCUUUGCGAAUUUGUUGGUCUUGAUGCUGAAAUGGAAAUUAAAAAACACUAUUCCGAGGUAAUGGAUAUUAUAGAUCGGUUAUUUGUCACAAUGUUUGACCAUUUGAAUGAUAAGUGCAAAAAGGAACUUGAUGCUGUUCGGCGGCAAUAUCCCUUUGAACCUUUGAAGUACCUACGAAAGACUCUACGGCUAAGAUUUGAAGAAGGGGUUCAAAUGCUCAAGGAUGCAGGAGUGGAAAUUGAUCCUUAUGGGGACUUGAAUACAGAGUCGGAGAGAAAAUUAGGCCAGCUAGUUUUGGAGAAAUAUGGGACUGAGUUCUACAUUCUCCAUCGCUAUCCUUUGGCUGUCAGGCCAUUCUACACCAUGCCGUGUUAUGAUGAUGCAAAGUACAGUAAUUCAUUUGAUGUCUUUAUUCGAGGUGAGGAAAUAAUUUCAGGAGCUCAGCGUGUCCAUGUACCAGAGUUUCUGGAAGAACGUGCAAAGGCAUGUGGCAUUGAUGUCAAUACAUUAACAACAUACAUUGAUUCUUUCAGGUAUGGAGCGCCACCACAUGGUGGGUUUGGAGUGGGGUUAGAGCGAGUGGUAAUGUUAUUCUGUGGUCUGAAUAACAUUCGCAAAACAUCACUUUUCCCUCGCGACCCCCUAAGGCUUGCCCCCUGAUGUGUUUCAGCAGGGUCUCAUAUAUACAUAGAUAUAUUUCCUCGUGAAAGCUUAGCUUACAGCUUGCAGAAGUGGAAAAAUAAUACAUUUGUAUAAGAGCCUGUCUUGAGAAGAUGGAUAAUCUCUUCACGAUAUAAUAAAAUCCUAUUUGUGCACUUUGAUUGA